CCUCCGUUACCUUGGAGCUGAGGCCGACGCCCGCCCCUGGCCUAGACCGCCAUUCAAACUUCCCGCAACCAGGCAAUCUAGGCACCCAAGCAAUUUAGGCGCCCGCCUCGCAGCCCCCAGAGGAGUCAAACACUCUCACUUUGACGGUCAGACGUCGAGACCUUGGCUGGGAAUUCCACCUGGGAAGGGACUGGAAGGAGGCGGGACGUCGCGUCGGCUCUGGAGAAAAAGUAUAUCUUGUGGUUGCCGUUGUGAAUGUUGGACUGCUGGAUAUGUGGAGAAAACAAAUUGUAAAGAAAUGAAUAUUAUCGCCAGAAUAUGAAGACCAUAAAAUAUGCUUCAGUUCUGUCAUGGACGCUUGUGGAGAAAAGAAUCUAUGAAAUUAUGUGAAUAGAAAACAUUUUUCAAAACAAUGGGGGAAAGAGAAAAAAGUCCAGAUACUGAUGAAGAAGGAAAUUCAGGCAAACAUUAUUAUGAAUCAUCUGAUUUUAGAACUACACCACAAUCUUCUGGCCAGUCUUCACCCACAGGUAUUAAGGGAAAACAUCAUAAAGGAUGGAUUUCAGAUAGCCAAGUACAUCACCAAGCCCCAAGGAAACCAAGCCCUAAGGGUCUACCAAACAAAAGGAGAAUCCAAGUGGGAUAUCGUUCCCAGAGCCUCAAUAGGGAGCCACCUCUGAAAGAUACUGAUCUUGUUACAAAACGGGUUCUUUCUGCAAGACAGCUAAAAAUCAAUGAGUUGCAGAAUGAAGUCACUGAACUCCAGGUCAAGUUAGUUGAGCUGCUGAAAGAAAAUAAGGCUUUGAAAAGACUUCAGUACAGACAGGAGAAAGCCUUGAAUAAGUUUGAAGAUACAGAAAAUGAAAUUUCACAACUCAUUGCUCGACAUAACAAUGAGAUUACAGCACUCAAAGAACGCUUAAGAAAAUCUCAAGAGAAAGAACGGGCAACUGAGAAAAGGGUGAAAGAUACAGAAGGUGAACUAUUUAGGACAAAAUUUUCCUUACAGAAACUGAAAAAGAUCUCUGAAGCUAGACACCUACCUGAACGAGAUGAUUUAGCAAAGAAACUAGUCUCAGCAGAGUUAAAAUUAGAUGACACUGAGAGAAGAAUUAAGGAGCUAUCGAAAAACCUUGAACUGAGUACAAACAGUUUCCAACGACAGUUACUUGCUGAGAGGAAAAGGGCAUGUGAGGCUUAUGAUGAAAAUAAAGUCCUUCAAAAGGAGUUACAACAAUUAUAUCACAAAUUAAAGGAAAAGGAGAGAGAACUUGAUAUAAAAAACAUAUAUUCUAAUCGUCAGCCGAAGUCUUCAAAAAAAGAAAAAGACCUUACACCAAAAAAAAAUGCUGCAUGCCAGAGUGAUUUUACAGACCAGUGUACGAAAGGAGUGCAAACCAGUGAAGACUUUGAGCUGGGAGGAUUUCCUAUAAUGCCACAAACUGUUAUGUGUUAUGAAAACAAACAAGAAGAAACUGAACAACUUACUUUGGAUCUGAAAUCCCAAGAGAGAGAUGAGUAUGAAGAAGCAGAAAUUCUAAACCCAAUUGUGGAAAGAGAAGAAAAAUUUGUGAAAGAUCAAGGACUCCAUGUUGUAAGACAGGAGAUUAAGAAUUUGAAGAAUGAAUGGGAAAGAGAAGACCUUGAUAAAAAGCAAGAAGAAAACAUACUUUUACUGGAGAGAGAAGAAAAGCCAGAGUUGGAAACUGGAAGAUACCAAAUGGAAAUGUACCAAACUCAAAAUAUUGAUAAAUUGGAAGAAGAGGAAGAAGAAAGACUGAAGAGAGAAAUGCUACUUGCUAAACUGAAUGAGAUCAAUAGAGAACUCCAGGAUUCUCGGAACCUCAAAUGCCCUCCUCUCCCAUUGCUGCCUGAUUUGGAAUCAAAACUGGGCUCCCCAGAGAAAAGCCCUAAAACAUACAUGCUCUCUGAAUCCUCAGAGAGAUUAUUUAAUGGGCAUCAAUUGCACGACAUCGGUUUUUUAACUACAAAAGAAGGUCGAAAUCAAAGAGAUAUUAGAAGCCCAGCCUCUCCAAGUGAGUUUGCAUUUGGUAGCUAUGUGCCUUCAUUUGCAAAAACAACAGGGAAGUCAAAUCCUGUUAGCCAAAAAAGUGGCCUUUUGGAUUUCCAAAGAAAUAGUAUGGAAAAACUUAGUGAAGACAAUGGAGAUUUAAUUACAAGAAAAGAGAAAAAGGCUAAUCUGAUGGAACAGCUAUUUGGUGCCAGUGGCAGCAGCACCGUUUCCUCUAAAAGCAGUGACCCAAAUUCUCUCACUGCCAGCAAAGGAGACUUUGACCCUCUAAAUUUUCUCCCUGGGGAUAAAAGCAGCAGGGGCAGAGAACAAGAUGAAGAUGAUGACUUUUUCCUCAGCGAAGGAAGAAAUUUUAAUCCAAAUAGACAUCGAUUAAAACCUGCAAACAGUAGACCAGCAGUAAAAGCAGUUGAUUCUGUGGAAGAUGAAAUUGAAGAAGUAGCACUGAGAUGACUGGCUAGAGUAUAUAUUUUUUCCAAUUGUAAAUAUUAAAAUAUUUUAAUACAGUUUUAAUUAUAAACAUUUAGGUGUUUUAAUGUUGACACGUCCUUAAUAAGGAAUGAUUUUUAGUGAUUUUUAAAUGCAAAUUUAAAAAGGUAGACCAUAUGCAUACCACAUAGCUAGUUUGCCAAGAGUUAAGGAGGCUUUUUUGAGUGAAACCGGAAAUUGAGUGAGUGAGUGGUAUCUUAGACGGAUUUGACUUUUUACUUUCAAAUAUGUUUUACCUCUUAAACCAUCUCUGUGGGGAGCUUUACUCCAUUAGAGGUCAUAUUUAUUUUCUACUUUUAUCCCUAUUUGUUUUUGGUCAUAUCCUACAGAGCUAAAUACAAUGCUAAUAGAAAGUAGGAGUGAGAGACUGUAUUGGGAAGUGUACCUCCCACGUGGUGGAGAAUCAGUGCUACCUAGGAGCCCUGUUCUUUGUGGCUAGGUGUGUAGGAGACCCUGUCUUACCUGGUAAGUCAGAGGCACUCUUAUGUAGGAAUAGUGACAACACUGGAAUUUCCUGUAACUUUGGAAAUGCCCAGUUAAACUCUGUUCAUUUCUCAAUUUCAAAUCUCAUUAAAUCACUAACAUACAACUGUGGUAGCAUAUUAGGUUGUAUUUAGAAGACAUUGUCUGUUUGCAUGGACAGUUCCCCAGUCGUGGCUCCUGGAGGCUUGGGUACAGUAUAAUGAGUAAUUCUUGUUCUCCUACACUCUUUAUAUCUCAAUGAGUGGGUGUGAAAUUUCAUACCAAAUAAAAGGAAUAGAAGAAAUUUCAUCCCAAUAUAGAAAGAUUUUCAACUCAGUUAUGUUUCCAGAGUAAUGUAAUUUGGAAAUUUUAAUAUGUACUUUUUAAGAUUCGAACUUACCCCCAAACCAGGGGGACAACAAUAGUGUAAUACUAUUGGACUUAAAGGACUAAUUUUAAAGCAAUCUUGGAUAAAAGUCUUUUAGAGAUGGGGCUUCUGCUUUGCUAAGUAGGGUAGUGGUUUUCUAUUGUAAUGCAUUCUUUUUUUGGCUCUUUGUAGUUCACUUCAGCUACAAAGGAGUUGAUGACCUUGGAUUAUGCUGGGUAUUAUUAGUCUUUGAGAAGCAAUAAUACACCACCAACCAAGGAGAAAGCACUGUUAAAAUGAAGAGUGGUAGAAAUAGUAUGUCAGGGGAAGAAUAAAAUAUUUAAGGCACUUACUCUAAAAUGAGCUUCUUUUUUCAGGAAUUUUUUUACUGCAUAUUUGCUCAUAAUAGUUUGAUUUCUGAUGCCAAGCAAUAUAUUUUGAUGCAGAGACUGGAGUUACCAUUUUAUCUUGAAUUUUUAUAAUGGCUUAUUAUUGAAUACCAUUUUAUAACUAUUUGACAAGACUUACCUGGUUAGGCCUCUAAUUAAAAGAUGCAUCACCUAUCAUCUUCUAAAAUUGUGUUCCUGUCAUUUAUUGGGAACAGAAUCCCCCCAAAGUGCUGAACUAUAUUAAAAAGUUUUUUUAAUAAAGAGAUUUUUAUGUCUAAUACAAAUAAACAUUUAGUAUGUUGCAAAUCAUUCUAAUACCUAAAACAUUAUUGUAACACAGUUCUUGAUAAAAUGUAAUUAUUAUGUAAUGUUAAUUUUGUUUAUAGCUGCUAAUUUUUCUGCCAAAGGUAUUCUAAUUUUUAACUUGUUUUGUUUUAAAGAAUUUUUUUAAAGCCUUUUAAAAAGUGAAGGUUUAUAUUCAGGUCAUUUAAAGUAAUCUCCUGCUUUUUCUAACUUUAUAUUUUCUCAUCUCUUUAACUAGAUGCAGACAGACAGAAUUAUAAAAAUUAAACCUGAAAUUAAGUUAUAGAUUUAGAAGCAUUAUGGUAUUAAGCAUUAAAAUUGGAGAUUAAUGUGUAUACAACAGUUUUUCUUUAUGAACAAACCCUAGAGAAUCACUUUUUUCCUAAACAUCAAGUUAAAUUUGUUAUUUGUACUAAGAACUCUUAUUAAUAAAAAUUAAAAACAUA